AUGAAAGCCUGCUGUGCGAGAUACGCGGCCUCUCUUGUCGCUCCCGGUACGAUUGCUAGAACAGCGGCCUUGGCCGCAAGGUCUAGAGCUCCAUUUUCUCCAUUGGCACUAGGUCGUCGAACGGUAGGCUAUGUCCUGUAUAAGAGUACGAAUUUUGAGCUCACGCCGCAGCAGAUGUCUUCCUCGACCAUCAAGUACGGCGCAAUGCCGAAAGAACUCCCCACAGACGACCCCGACGACGUCCUGUUCAACUCCCUCUACGGCGUGCGGACCAUAGAAUUGAACCGGCCCAAGAAGCUGAACUCACUCAACGGAUCAAUGGCUAGGAAAAUCCUCCCUCGUCUUCGGGAGUGGGAAAAGUCUCAAAUGGCCAAUGUCGUUCUGAUCAGCGGUGCUGGCCCGAAAGCCUUCUGCGCAGGAGGUGACGUUGCGGAACUUGCGAUGCAGAACAAACAGGGACCAGAAGGUCAAAAGAAGUCCUCGGACUACUUUGCUCUCGAAUACCAAUUGGACCAUCUGAUCGCGACAUACAGCAAGCCAUACAUUGCCAUCAUGGAUGGUAUCACGAUGGGUGGUGGUGUUGGUCUCUCAGUCCAUGCACCUUUCCGCAUUGCUACCGAAAAGACCGUCUUUGCCAUGCCUGAGACGACCAUUGGUUUCUUCCCGGACGUUGGUGGAAGUUUCUUUUUGCCGCGUCUGGAUGGCGAAAUUGGUACAUAUCUAUCCCUGACCUCCGAACGACUACAUGGCGUGCAGGCCUUCUACGCCGGCGUUGCGACGCACUACAUCGACAGUUCUGUGUUGGCACAAUUGACAACUCGUCUCUCCGAGCUCGUCUUCAAAGAUUACGCGGAUCUCAACGAACGGUUGGAGCUGAUCGAUUCCACCAUCUCUGAGUUUUCGAGCAGUCUGCCCUCCCCGGAUUCUUAUGAAGCUGCUAAGUAUGGCAACAUCACCGGCGCCUUGCGGGACGCUGUCGAUCGGGUUUUCAAGUAUAACACGAUAGAGGAGAUAUUGGCCGCCCUUCAGAAGGAAACCGAAUCGGCAGAUGAGAAGAUUGCCGAAUGGGCGAAAGCAACUCAAAAGACUAUCGCCAUCCGAUCACCCACCAGCCUGCGUGUCACCCUACGUCAACUCAGGGAAGGGAAACACUGGAACAUCUCCGAGACCUUCAUCAAAGAGCACAAGAUGGCCAGCAGAUUCAUGGCACACCCUGACUUUGUUGAGGGCGUCUCUGCCCGCCUGAUCAACAAACCGCCCACGAAGCCUGUGUGGAACCCUGCCAAAUUGGAGGAUGUCUCGACGGCAGAUGUGGACGAAUUCUUUGCCGCGCCUACCGAGCAGGAGGCUCUGAAGUUGGUCGAGCCUAGCCAAGGAGCGCUGGAUCAGCAUUACACAGACUAUCCGCACGCCAAAUUCGCGUUGCCACGGGAGUCGGAUAUUGAGGCUGUUGUGAAGGAUCUAGGCAAGGAAGGUUCAAAGAGAGUGAUUGAUGAGGUUUUGAGGCAGUGGAAAAACAAAGCCGGCGUGAAAGAGAAAGUCCAAGAUGUAAUCGCACGCAAGACUGUCUCUAGUGAUGGAAAUGAACUUCGGUGGAAGGGCGAAAGUGCCCGUUUAUAG